AAGAGAGAGAGAAAGAGAGAGAGAGAGAGAGAGAAACUGGUGUUGGCAUCGACGACUAUUCGACGAGUGGGACGAAAUCACGAAAAUAGGAUUAGAAAUUGUAAACUUCUCGAUUUCAACGAUAAACAGGCCGCCGCAAUGUGGCCUGGAGUAUUACUUCUACUACUGUUACUAGCAGUCCUGCUGCAUCCAUCAAGAUGCUCGCAGGUAAAGGUGAACUAUCGGGAGAAGGAAAAGCAGGUGUUGGACAACAUCUUAGGGCCAGGACGAUACGACGCGCGUAUCCGGCCGAGCGGGGAAAAUGGAACAGAUGGGCCCGCGGUUGUCCGCGUCAACAUAUUUGUUCGAAGUAUCUCAAAAAUAGAUGACGUUACUAUGGAAUACUCCGUACAAUUAACAUUUCGGGAACAAUGGUUAGACGAGAGACUUAAAUUUAAUGACUUCGGAGGUCGACUGAGAUAUUUAACAUUAACAGAAGCCAAUCGCGUAUGGAUGCCGGAUUUAUUCUUUUCAAAUGAGAAGGAGGGUCAUUUUCAUAAUAUUAUUAUGCCCAACGUUUAUAUACGAAUCUUUCCAAAUGGUUCGGUUCUUUACAGUAUACGAAUAUCAUUGACACUCUCGUGCCCCAUGAAUUUGAAAUUGUAUCCUCUGGACAAACAAGUUUGCUCGCUACGCAUGGCCAGUUACGGAUGGACAACUACCGACUUGGUCUUCCUUUGGAAAGAAGGUGAUCCCGUCCAGGUUGUUAAGAACUUACACCUGCCUAGGUUCACCCUUGAAAAAUUUCUCACCGAUUAUUGCAACAGUAGAACCAAUACCGGAGAGUAUAGUUGCCUGAAAGUAGACCUGCUCUUCAAAAGAGAAUUCAGCUACUAUCUCAUCCAAAUUUACAUCCCCUGCUGCAUGCUCGUCAUUGUCUCCUGGGUCUCUUUUUGGCUGGAUCAAAGUGCCGUACCUGCUCGAGUAUCGUUAGGCGUGACAACACUAUUGACGAUGGCCACACAGACAUCGGGAAUAAAUGCCUCACUGCCACCAGUCUCUUACACAAAGGCCAUCGACGUUUGGACGGGGGUAUGCCUGACCUUUGUAUUUGGUGCGCUUCUCGAAUUCGCCCUGGUGAAUUAUGCGUCGCGCAGCGAUAUGCACAGUGACAACAUAAAUAAAAAAUUCUCACCGAGUGAGAUGGAACACUCCUCCUCGGUCGAUCCAACAUCGGAGGUCCUCGACGCGGACGGUUCGGCGAAUUUCGCUAUGAAGCCUCUGGUCCAACACCCGGAGGAUACCAUGUCGAUGGAUAAGAUGCAGCAGUGCGAAAUACAUAUGCAACCGCGAAAAAAAAACUGCUGCAGGUCGUGGCUGUCCAAGUUCCCGACGAGGUCCAAGCGCCGACGUCAUCUCUCGAAUUUUCUUCCCCAUCGUAUUCGCUAUCUUCAACCUGGCGUACUGGUCCACGUACCUGUUCCGGGACGAAGCGGAGGGCGAGUAAAUCUCGACGAGGAAGCGCUCGGAUCAAGGGAUGUGGUUCGCGGCCAUCCCCACCAUUAUUCCCACGAAAGAACACAUCGUUCGCGUCCUAAACAUCGACACUAUCACCAUCACCAACACAAUCAUCAACAUCAACAUCAGCAUCAACAACAGCAGCAGAAGCAGCAGCAGCAGCAGCAGCAAAAGCAGCAGCAUAAGCAGCAGCAGAAGCAGCAGCAACCAUCGCAGCAGCAGCAACAGCAACAAAAACAACAACAACAACAACACCAACAACAACAACAACAACAACAACAACAACGUCGACAUCAUUAUCGUCACCAUCAUCACCACCAUCACCACCACCAUCAUAGAGAACAACAGCAAACGUUACACGCACCACCACCACUUCUACCAUCCCAACAAACAUCUACAGGGUCGUCGUACUCGCCCGUACAGACGCUCGAGGACGAUCGUUACUCGCCAAGAACCUCCAGGCAUUCCUGCAGAAGCUCAACGAGAUCUUCGCAGUCGCCAUCUUUGUCACCGUCGUCAAGAACGGCGACCCCGUCGCCACCGUCGGCACCCGUUAGGCCGGCACCACCUCAACGUUUUCAUCAUUUCCCGCAAUUUUCUUCGUCGCGUACGAUGAGGUGCUGUUGGGGUCUAUUAACGUGCAGGUGGUUGUCCUGCAAGGCCAAGGGUAGCGCUAGAAUCGACUUCAUAUCGCGCGCAGCCUUUCCCCUCAUGUUCAUCCUCUUCAACCUAACCUACUGGUCCGCUUACCUCUAUCGAGGCGAGGAUACCGGGGGUUCGAAUUAGUAGAGAUGCGUUCUGAUUGCAAGAAAGAAAAGAAAAGAAGAAAAAAAAAAGGAAAGAGAAAAAGAAAGAAAGAAAGAAAUAGCGAAAGAAUGAAAGAUGAUGAUAGAUAGAUAGAUAGAUAGAUAGAUAGACAAAUAGAUAUCGAAUGAACGAGAUUAGCUUAAUGGAUGGAUGGAUAAUGAAAUAAAAAGUCGAACAGAGUUUGAAGACGCGAAACUAUUCUAUCUUGAUCGAAAAAUGGGAAUGAACGUUACUUUUCUUUUUUUUUUUUUUUUGACGGGGGGCAAGGCCGAUUUUUGAUCGGUCACGUGAACCCCAAACGAGAGGGGAAAGUCGAAGGGAAAGAUAACUCUUUCGAAGAUUGGGAAAACGGCGGACAAAUGUAGAGGAUGAAAAUGAAGAAGAAUCUCGGCGACGACGGCGGUAGGGGAGUACUUCGUCAUAAGGAAAAAAACGAUGUGGGACAACAAGUUGUUCGGACGUGAAAGUGAUGGGAAAACUCUUUCGCGUUGUCUUUCACAUCGAAAGAGAACGUGAGGGGGAAUUACGGAAACACACACCGAUAUACACACGAACACGCACACUUACAUGUACACGCACACGUAUACUGACACAUACAUAUGCUGGUGCCAUUAUUGUACUCUCGACUAUAUAACAUACAAUCACGAAAAAACGAGGGACACGCGCCCAUAUGGACACACGAAUACAUUAACAUAAAUAGAUAGAUAGCGAGAGAGAGAGAGAGAGAGAGAGAGAGAGAGAGAGAGAGAGAGAGAGAGAAAGAAAGAGAGGGGACAUAUAUAUAUAUAUACACACACACGUAUACACAUCUAUUUACACACUCAAAGAAAUAUAUACAUAUAUAUAUAUAUAUAUAUAUUUAACACACACACACACACACACAUACACAUUCGGAAGACCGCGUGCCACAGAGACUGAAGAGAAAAUCAACGCAGUGGGCCCUGUAUAGCCACGGCCUGUUAACAAUUUACAAUGCAUAUAAGUUUAUAAAUACUAUAAAUCUAACGUAUUGAGACAAGUAACUCGUUAUUGCAGUCAGUGAAUCCUUUAUAUAUGCGUAUAUAUAUAUAUAUAAAUAUAUACAUAUAAAUAUAUAAGCAUACAAUCGUAAGAUUUCCAGUCUCGUGAUCGCCAUUGAAGGCGAACGUCGAACGGGGAGGAAAGAAUAAGAGAAAAUAAAUAAGUAAACAAACAAAUGAAAAAAAAAAAAAAAAAAAA